AUGGCUCGAGAUCUGGAGGAAACUGGCUCAUGCUCAGAGGAGGAGGAAGAAGAUGUUGUGGAUGAGCUGGAGGACCAUCCGUGUAUCAAGUGGACUGGCGGUGGCUGCAGGCGGAUCCCCGUCCUGGUGUUCCACGCUGAAGCCAUUCUGACCAAUGACAGCUACCUCCGCCUAAUUGGAGAGCGCUACCACUUGUCCUAUAAGAUUGUGCGAACAGACAGCCGUCUAGUUCGAAGCAUUCUGACUGCCCAUGGAUUCCAUGAGGUGCACCCUAAUAGCAGCGAUUAUAAUCUCAUAUGGACAGGAUCACACUUGAAGCCCUACUUGCUGCGUUCCCUUACAGAUAUUCAGAAAGUCAAUCAUUUCCCUAGGUCAUAUGAACUGACACGAAAAGACAGACUCUACAAGAAUGUCAGUCGUAUGCAGCUGGCCCAUGGAUUCAAGACAUUCCAUAUCUUACCUCAGACCUUUAUCCUCCCGACAGAGUACCAGGACUUCUGCAAUACCUAUUCUAAGGACAGAGGCCCAUGGAUAGUGAAACCCGUGGCCUCUUCCAGGGGUCGAGGUGUCUACCUGAUAAACAAUCCAAACCAGAUUGUCCUGGAAGACAACAUCCUGGUUUCUCGUUACAUCAGCAACCCUCUGCUCAUAGAUGAUUUCAAGUUCGAUGUGCGCCUUUAUGUUCUGGUUACGUCCUACGAUCCACUUGUCAUCUAUCUCUACGAGGAAGGAUUGGCCAG